CUGCAGGCAGCUUCAGCUGAAGGCCACGAGCAGGUAGUUGAGAUGCUGCUCGACAAAGACGCCGACGUCAAUGCGCAGGGUGGAGACUACGGCAACGCAUUGCAGGCAGCUUCGUACGGAGGCCAUGAGCAAGUAGUUGAGAUGCUGCUUGACAAAGACUCAGAUGUCAACGCGCAGGGUGGACAGUACGGCAACGCACUGCAGGCAGCUUCAGCUGGAGGCCACGAGCAGGUAGUUGAGAUGCUGCUCGAUAAAGACGCUGACGUCAACGCGCAGGGUGGAUGGUACAGCAACGCACUGCAGGCAGCUUCAGCUGAAGGCCACAAGCAGGUAGUCGAGACGCUGCUCAACAAAGGCGCCGACGUCAACGCGCAGGGUGAAUUCUUCGGCAACGCACUGCAGGCAGCUUCACUUAGAGGCCACGAGCAGGUGGUUGAGAUGCUGCUCGACAAAGGCGCCGACGUCAACGCGCAGGGUGGACAGUACAGCAACGCACUGCAAGCUGCUUCACUUGAAGGCCAC